GAAUUGCCUGGACAGCAUAUGCACGGUUACUUUGGCUGCAAUGCUGCUGCAGAGCCUGGUUACUCUGCCUUCCUGGGAACUCCACAGAUAUGUGUCACAAAGAUGUCUACACGGAACUGCCAGGGAAUGGACUCAGUGAUCAAACCCCUGGACACAAUUCCUGAGGAUAAAAAAGUCAGGGUUCAGAGGACACAGAGCACUUUUGACCCAUUUGAGAAACCAGCUAAUCAAGUAAAGAGGGUGCAUUCCGAGAACAAUGCUUGCAUUAACUUCAAGUCCUCCUCCACCGGCAAAGAGUCACCAAAAGUUAGGCGGCACUCCAGCCCCAGCUCGCCAACCAGUCCCAAAUUUGGAAAAGCUGACUCAUACGAAAAACUGGAAAAACUAGGGGAAGGAUCUUAUGCUACAGUUUACAAAGGAAAAAGCAAAGUAAAUGGGAAGUUGGUAGCCCUGAAGGUGAUCAGGCUGCAAGAAGAAGAAGGUACACCUUUUACAGCUAUCAGGGAAGCCUCUCUGUUAAAAGGACUAAAACAUGCUAACAUAGUGCUGCUUCAUGACAUCAUCCACACCAAGGAGACGCUGACACUUGUGUUUGAAUAUGUGCACACUGAUUUAUGUCAGUACAUGGACAAGCACCCUGGGGGGCUGCAUCCAGAUAAUGUGAAGUUGUUUUUAUUUCAGUUGCUGCGAGGGCUGUCUUACAUCCACCAGCGUUAUAUUUUGCACAGAGACCUGAAACCACAGAACCUUCUGAUCAGUGACACGGGGGAGUUAAAGCUGGCAGAUUUCGGUCUUGCAAGAGCAAAAUCUGUCCCUAGCCACACAUACUCCAAUGAAGUGGUUACCUUGUGGUACAGACCUCCAGAUGUCCUCCUGGGCUCAACAGAAUAUUCCACCUGCCUUGACAUGUGGGGUGUUGGCUGCAUCUUUGUUGAAAUGAUCCAAGGAGUUGCUGCUUUUCCAGGAAUGAAAGACAUUCAGGAUCAACUUGAACGAAUAUUUCUGGUUCUCGGAACGCCAAAUGAGGACACGUGGCCUGGAGUUCAUUCUUUACCACAUUUUAAGCCAGAACGCUUUACCCUGUACAGCUCUAAAAACCUUAGGCAAGCGUGGAAUAAGCUCAGCUAUGUGAAUUAUGCAGAGGAUCUGGCCUCCAAGCUCCUACAGUGUUCCCCAAAGAACAGACUAUCAGCACAGGCUGCCUUGAGCCACGAGUAUUUUAGUGACCUGCCCCCACGGCUAUGGGAAUUGACUGAUAUGUCUUCUAUUUUUACCGUCCCAAACGUAAGAUUGCAGCCAGAAGCUGGAGAAAGCAUGCGGGCCUUUGGGAAAAACAAUAGUUAUGGCAAAAGUCUAUCAAAUAGCAAGCACUGAUGAGCACAACAUUCUCAAGAGAGCACAGGUAUCUUAAGUGCUCAAAAACAUUUCAAACAGUGAAACAUGUGGACAGAGAAUUUUGAAUUUGGGUCCAGCCUACAGUGGAAGAUAUUGUUCAUUGGAGAAAUUGCUGGAUCACAUGUUUCAUGUUUUCUCUAUAAGAAGAAAAGAUGUGUAUAAGUAUGAAAAGCAGUUUCUAGCUGAAAAGAUCUCAUGUUCCCCUGAGAUUUUGACAUGUGAGCACCUAAACUCCAGCUAUCGUCAGUUUUUAUCCAUGACAAGCAACAGGCUCACUAUGGCAUGUGAGACACAUAGUGCUUCUAGUUGUACUUGAGAUUCGUACAGACCUGGAUUCAAAUCCCAAAAGCAUCAUUUCUCACUGUGUGUCCAGGGGCAAGUCCCAAAGUCUCUUGGAGGUUUGUUUUCUUUGUUUGUUUUCUCUUUCUAAAGAACUAUCCUUUCUUUAUCCAAGUAAGGAUAGUUAAUACUGACCUCACAAAGCUGUUGGAAAAUUCAUUGAGAGGAGGGAAGUCAAGUGCCUCAUAUUACCUGAGAGGCAUCAAGGCACUGCAGCAUGGCCAUUAGGAGUUCUGGUUUCAGAACCAAUUGUUCAGGUUCUGACACUUAUUGACUGUGGCCUUGGGAACAGAGCCACUUCUCCAUCUAGACAGUGAUAGUAACCAUAAUCAUACCUCAUGACUUGUGACGAGGAGUGACUGAAGUGACCCGUGUAAGGCACUUGGACUAGUACUUGCCUGGUUCAAGGAAAGUGCUUGACACUCUUAUAUGCUGACCUGGCAGGAUGGUUGGACAGAUGGGAGUUAAUGUCUGAUUCUAAUGCCAUGAACAAACAAUAAGUAGUGCUACUGUCCUUGUCAUGCAAAAGUAAUUCAAUGUGGAGCUCCACUUCACCAUGAGCACUCUCGAUUUGACCGCCUGGCUCAUCACUCUGCAGUUCAUCAUGGCCACAGAAGCAUCUGGUCUGGCACUUACCAUCUGUGAUGCUACUAUUUUUCUCCAAAGCCAUGAUGAAUUCCACAGCUCCCAAGAAGCUUCCUGUUUCUUUCACAAUAGCCGUUUGCCAAACUUAGAAGUUUCUGACAUUCCAGUUGGGCAUGGCACUUCCAGACUUGUUACAUUGGAAAUGUGGAAUUGGUCACAACUUACAUACUGAUUUCCUUUAAUGUGGAACAUUCUCUAAUUCCCAAGUGGUGUUCUCUGCAAAGUAAUCUGUCCUUUCCAAGAUUAGUUACAUGAUAUUGAAAAAUGCUAUAGAAGAAGAGGACCAUGAGAGUCCACUCUAGAGCAGGUGUAUAUAGUGAGUGAUCUUUCUGCCCUGUCAGAGGUAAAGAACUGAUGGGCAAAGGGUUAACAUCUUUUCCAGCUUCAAUAAAGUCAGGUUAUGCAUGAGGUAAAGGGUGAGGAGCAGAUAUUUAAUAUGCUGGCUAACUUGAAGUACCUCCAAAAAAUUACAGUCUUAAACUUAAGGACUCCAAAAGAGAAUGGAAAUUAUGUUGCAUUUUCAAUGAUGUGCGUUUCCCAGGAGGAGAAAAACUUUUAAUAUCUGUGAACACUUUCUUUAAUACCCAACAAAUGUGAUAUGCUGCUAAUAGAAAAAAAAAAACAAAAACGCCAAUUUCAGUUGUGUGCUUCAUGGUCAUAGAACAAUACAGAGUUGAUAUUGCAGUAACAGGGAUCUAAAACUACCCUUCUAAUGAAAAACAGCCCUGUUUGGACAAAUAUUUUCUGGCAUCUUUAUAUUUCCCUUAACUGGAAACAGAAAACGUUGGCUUGGUGUCAUGACUACGGGAUACUGUGUUUUUUAAGUAAAAACAAAUUGUGAGGACGGUGUUGCCAAGAAACAAUGAAGGUGGUUAGAAGGUAUGGAAUGGGCUACUUCAGGUGCUCAUAUCUAACAGCAUCGCAGCCAUAGAUUGAUUUACUGGCUGAGCCAUUCAGCAUGGUAAUGCUAUUAUCUGCUGUUAUUUUCUGAGGUGUAGUCACUUACUGCCUUUCUACCUAUUCUUUUCACUCCUUUGGUGAAAAAGAGAGCUUUCUGUGAGAAUCCUGAACACUUGGAAAUUUGGAAAUAAUGUGAAAUCUAAAGCAGAUCUAAUUAUCCAUUACACGUGUAGGCCAGCUAUUCAAAGCCCAUAUUAUCUAAAGCUGUGUCCCAACUUUGCUGUCUGUACACAUGGGAGCAGACACUGUGCAGGGGCAAGGAAAAAGUGAAACUGUCCCAUGGGUUGGAAAGCAUGGUGGUCUCAAGCAGAGAGGGAAGGAAACAAAAUUGCAUGUAAGUCUGAGUUGUGCAUCUAACAACAAUAAAAAAAAUAGCACAAAAUCAGAAUUACCAGUCUAGGAUGGGACGUUCCCAAUUCCACUUGAUGAUAGAGUCUAGAAUAUGCCUAUGUUGGAGUUUAUAGGACAACUGUGACUUCAGUCACAAAUGGUAAGGGAGCUUCAGAGAUAGAGCAGUAGGGUUCUGUGUGCCCCUGGUUCCCCUCUAGUUUCGAGCUUUUUGAUCAUAUCCUACUUUUUUAAUACAUGAGUGUAAUAGGAAGACAUGUUUACAAUGUUUACAGCCAGGAUCAAAAUGGCUCUCAAGAAGGACUCUACUGUCAUCUGAAGAAAUAUUGAUUAGAGGUUAUAUUUAGAAACAAGAUCUACCUCAGUUGGACGAAUGGGAUGGUGCCAAGAUUUUCUCUAAAAUAUCUGAAUCACUUUAUCCAGGAUGGAGAAUAUGAAAAGGGGAAAAAAGCAGAAUAGGGAGAAAAGAGCCAUCUGAGUGGCAUAAGACCAUGUGUUCUUGGCUCGGCCUUCCCCAGAUCUUCAGCAGAUUCCUCUAACCGCAUCUGUUGUGAGCUGAGUUUCAGUGUACACGUCCCAGCAGGUGGGAGAGCCCUGGAGCCCUGGGCCAUAGCAGCAUAAGCAUCACCCCCGUCCCUGGAAUUUACAGAAAUCUUGGGAAUUGUGGACUCUCGUGGGCUGAAGAAUUGCCUGUUUUACCCAGAUCUAAAGAAAAGCUUCCAGCUACCACCUGGGUAAUAUACAUAUAAAGGUGUAUUAUGACAGGGAGGGGCAAUAAAUUCAAAUAAGCAACUUGUGGCCCAUAAAUACUUGUGUGGAAAUCUUUAGUGCAACAGAUGACUGAAACCUAUAGUCCACAUUGAGUUCCUAGUCCUCCAUUCAUUUUACUUGUCCAGGUUUAUAGGUAAUCAAAUGUUUACCAUAUGCUGUGUACAUUUUUAAAGAUUUUCUUUAUUUCAGGCCCCUUCGGUAUAUUCCAUACUUACUAUUUCCUUUUUUCAUUCCCUUUACUGUAAUGUAUUUGUCAACUCCACCUAUGUACGUGGAUGUUAAUGUGUUUUCCAGAGCAUAAGUUAUCACUACACAAUAAUAUGAUUACUCUGAUAAGCUACACAUAACAAAUCCGUAUGAAUCCUAUCAUAGACAUUGUGUAUUCAUGCCACAGUUCAUUUGCCUUGUGAUUGAGGGCAGUUUACAAAUUUAUACAUAAUACAAAAGAUAAAUUAUUGACUGUCCCCAGAGCCCUGAUUCCAGGGGGUUUACAGUCUCUAAUUGGAAAGGGAGAUGGAGUCCCACAUAAACCAUGGAAAGACAAGUCUGAUCAGUGUGGACACUCUGGUUGGGGAGACACUGCUCCUGGCUGGAACACUCCUAAUGGAGGUAGGGUUUGAUCUGAAUCUAGACAUGUUGGUAGGUUUAUGGAUAUUGUGGGUUGGAAGAGGGUGGGGGGACAGGGCUCAGGCAGGAGCUGCCCCAGCACAGAGUCAGUGGUGGGGCAGUCAGGGUAUGUGUAUGCACAGGGCAGCACAGGCAGAUGGUGAGAGGGCAGGUUUCUUAGAGUAGAACAUAAUGCUGAAAAUCUGAAUUUACUUCUUUUAGAAAUCAAGACAUUUGCCGUAUAAUUUACAGUAUAUCCUGAGAAAAGCCUUAGUGGUGAGAUUCUUGAAAUGCAAGGUUUGUUGCUCAAAGCAGUGCAUUUUUCUACAACACCAGAGCAGAAUGAGAAAUAAGUUUGUAUUUUCAUUCAAGAUAACAGCUCAAGCUAUUUUUUUGUGAGGGACUAACUAAAACAGCUGUGGAGCAAAGGUACCAAAAUCAAACUUUGACAGCUGAGUCAGUCUCUUUAUUAUUUUAAUUAUACUCUCUUAUCAAUAAAUCCUGGCCUUUACUGUUUCAAAACACCUUGAGGCAGGCAGACACACACACACACACACACACACACACACACACACACACACACAAAAUGAGCUUAAGAUGGCUUUUAAAAUCCAACCUAUGAUUGGAAAAUAAAUAGUUAAGCUGAAUA